AAUCUUCAUACAUUGACAGAUUCACAUCUGCUGAUAAUCAUGACCUUAAUGUUGAAUUGUUGAUUGAGAACUUAAAAGAUAUGAUAACAGAGAAAUUAUCUAUAUUAUGUGUGACUGAGUCUUCUGCAUCUUCUUCUGUUCUCUCUGUUUCUUUCUCUGCUACUUCUUCUCAAUCUUCUACACCUGUUUCUGUGUCUGAUUCUUUCACUCUUACUAUCCCUGUUUCUGUGACUCUUACUUUCACUACUUCUGCUUCUGCUACUUCUGCUCUCUCUGCUUCUGCUGUCUCUGCUUUUGUUAUCAGCUCUCUCUGUUUUAAGAAGAUGUUGUAUAGACUUAAUGAAUUAUGUUUCUCAGUAUAUACACUUCUACUCUUCUUAUCAAUCUCUAAAAUAAUUUAUUAUAUCUGUGUUUUCAGAAAUGAAAAUGUGAAUAUUGUACUCUUUUACAUUCACAGACAUAAGACUUAUAUACCUU